CUUUAUUUGUUUUGAAAGCCAAGAGAGAUUCUCGUCUCAGAGAAGAAUUGUUCAAUGGAAAAAAAUGGAGCUUGUUCUUCUUCAGCCAAAGAUAACCAGGAUUGUCCUCAGCAAUCCCCAUGGCUUCAGUUAACUCUGUCAGAAUCAAACAGGAGAAUUAAAACCAUGAUGACCCUUCUGGAAGAAGAUGACCGUGCUUCAGAUAGAGAUGAGAUCUAUUGCCAGCGGAGGGUGAAGCUGUUUCAAAUGCUCGAAGAGUUUAAUAAUUCUUAUAGUUCUCUGGCUGAAAAAUAUGAUCAGUUGAGGUCUGAGUCUCGCCAUCAAACUAAUCCUGGAUCCUUACCUUCUUCAUGCUCUAACGCUAAUGCGAAGACAAAACAUUUACAAAGUUCCACAGGAUCCAUACCUUUUGCAUGUUCUAACACUAACGAGAAGGCGAGACAUGUACGAAGUUCCGCAGGAUUUGUAUCUUCUGCAUGUUCUAACAUUAAUGAGCAGACAAGAUAUAUACGGACUUCCACUAAUUCUGAACUGGAGCUUUUUGAUUCCUAUCUAGAUUCCAUCCUUGCAGAUCCUGGUGCUGAUUGUGAUGAUACUGGCUUCAACUUUGAACACCUGAACAAGCUAGUAGAAGAACUGAUGUCAACUGAGCCACACACACAGAGCAUGAAAAUGAAAAAGAAACUUGAUAUUGGGGAAAACAAUUAUUAUGAAGACACCAUAGAUUUGCGUGAUAAAAAAGGUAUCAAUGUGACUACGGAUAAUUCAAACUUGUUUCAGGAUCAGGCUACAGUUACAUGUCUCCCAGAAAAUAGUUAUGAGCAGGUCAUUGGAUGGUCUGAACUCCAGUUUCAAGUUACAAAACUUGUGGAGGAAAAUCUGAAGCAGCAGGUCGAGUUGGCAAGGAGAAACAUCCAAAAAAGAGUGGUAAUUAAUAGACUUCGGUCACAGCUGGAACAUCUGAAGGGUGAGAACCGGGCCCUGCAAAGUUGUAUCAGCUGCUUAAAAGGUGAAGAGAAACCAAGCCAAUUUCAGACACCAAAACUUAGAAAAAUCUUUUCAAGCAGGUUCUUUUGACAUGUAUGAUCAUGUCUGGAAAUUUUUCAGUUGUUGCCUUUUCAA